GUUAACGAUCACUAUAUUGAUUCACAGAUACUGGGUGUGAAUGAAAAACAGAACUUGCCCGAGGAAAAUUAUGAACUUGGACAGUAUUCCUUCUGCUCUGGGUUUUCCCAGCUGGAGUGAGAUGCUUCCAGUUGACAAACAUUAAGUUACUCAGAUUGACAAAAGGAUGAGCUCCAGAGAUACAUCGGAAAACGGUCACCUCAACUUGAACUGUGUGCUUCCUGGCAAGGGCCAGAACCCAACAGAGUGUGAGCCGCUCAGCAUGGUGGAUGUGGUACCCCGGGCAGCACAGGAAAGGCUCAGGAUUUCGGAGCAGGACCUCAUGGACAGUGCUGAGAUGCAAAUGAAAGUGGACUUCUUCCGCAAACUGGGCUACUCAUCAGAAGAGAUCUAUAUCGUCCUCCAAAAACUGGGCUUAAAUGCUGACACCAAUACGGUCCUUGGGGAGCUUGUGAAGCAUGGUGCUGCAGCUGCUGACAGAGAGACUACCGACCCGCCACAGGAGGCCGUAGAAGCCCCAUUGGUACCUCGUGGGGGACUUACCAACAAAACCCCUACACCUGUGCCACCGUUGGAGGAGAAGGAAGGCAAUAACUUAAAACCCAUUGUUAUUGAUGGAAGCAAUGUGGCAAUGAGCCAUGGAAAUAAAGAAGUGUUCUCCUGCCGAGGUAUCUUGCUGGCCGUUCACUGGUUUUGGGACAGAGGACACCUAGAUAUCACAGUCUUUGUGCCAUCCUGGAGAAAAGAACAGUCAAGACCAGAUGUGCCCAUCACAGACCAGCACAUUCUCCGUGACCUUGAAAAGAAGAAAAUUCUGGUCUUCACUCCUUCCAGGCGGGUUGGAGGCAAACGCGUUGUCUGUUAUGAUGACCGCUUCAUUGUGAAACUGGCAUACGAGUCUGAUGGCAUCGUGGUUUCCAACGACACUUACCGUGACCUGCAGAAUGAGCGUCCGGAAUGGAAGAAGUUCAUUGAGGAGCGCUUGCUGAUGUAUUCCUUUGUUAACGACAAGUUUAUGCCUCCAGAUGACCCCUUAGGGCGGCAUGGCCCCAGCCUGGAGAACUUCCUGAGAAAGAAACCUUUGGUGCCAGAACACAAGAAACAGCAGUGCCCUUACGGGAAGAAAUGCACUUACGGGAUUAAGUGUAAAUUCUAUCACCCUGAAAGGAUCAACCAGCCACAGCGCUCUGUAGCUGAUGAACUACGGGCCAAUGCAAGGCUGUCCCCAACCAGAAGCCCCACCAGCACUGCCAAAGAGGAGAAAAAGAGCAGGAGACCUUCCCAGGCAGAGCUCCUCUGCUCUGUGUCCACAGACAGCGACAAAGGCUCUGGGCAGAAGGUCUCCAUGGAGAGGAAAAGCUCAGCCCAAAAAGCAAAACCUAGCGACAGUCCCCUCCUAAUCCAGGGGGGUUGUGCCUUGGGCAGUGUCCCCUCUAACAAUGGCAGCUAUCGAUCGUCUGACUGGUACCAGCACCCUCCUCCUUCUCCCCAUAUGGACUCUCUCCCUUACAUCUCUCAGGAGCAUCUUGACUCAGGCAUUGGAUCCCUUGAGAACCAAAUGUCUGAGAUGUGGCCUUGCAGAUCUACCAGUCACUGUGAGCAUUCCCACCCUGAACAGAUGGCAGUCUGUAGCUGCAGCAGACAGAGACCUGUCUACCAGCACUCUCCUAGUGUAGAGCAGGACACCCUUGGCCACUAUAAGCACGGCUCUCGCAAAUCAGUCUCCUCUGUUACUAGCUACUUGCCAUAUAGUGCUGAGAACUCUCACACGAGGUCCUCUCAGUCUUUCCCAGGCUAUGGAGUGCCGGUACAUCCAGCGGGUACUGGGCAUUAUAGCAUUCCCAAUGAGUAUAACACCCCAGCACAUCAUCUUCGUGAAUACUGGUCUGAGCCGUACCAAAUGCCUCCCACAUCAACACGACCUAGCAACAUUAGAGACCCUCACCCGUUGCCGAGAGCCCCAGGGCCAGCGUACAGUGACCACUGCCAGUGGGCCCUGCCAGACCGCUUUGCAGAAGAGCGAGCGAAUGUGCACGUGAAACUCUGUGGCAUAUUCCACCCCCAUUUAGUAGAUGCUGUGAUGAGCCGUUUCCCUCAGCUGUUGGAUCCCCAAAGACUAGCUGCUGAAAUACUGACGUACAAGUCUCAGAACCCAGGGAUGUGAGGCAGACGAUGUGCUGGGAGUCCUGGGAGCAAUGUCUCUCCUGUGGACCGCACAGCACAACUGGCAUGGCUGCCUCCGUGAGGGUUUUCACCUUCCUCUGAAGCACCAGGUCCAAGAUGAAGGCCAGAUACCAGACUCAGUGGGCCAAUGGCGUACUCUGGUGUGGCCAAUCCUAAUGCACCUCACAAAAUGGCUUGUGAGGAAACUGUCCCAUCCUCCCCCAGGGCAUAUUAGCAGGAAUCUGUGGAAAGGAGGUGGAUUUUGCCUUUCUCAGGAGCACAGAGCAGGGAUUCCCCUGUAGGAGUAGGUGGGUCUGUCUUCCCCAUUGAGCUCCUGCAAUUGUCAGUUGGGCACUUUGGACCCUGGUUCUUCCCAUUAGCCUGCAACAUUCAAAGGCAGCGUAGCACACGGUCAAAUGUACGGCAUUUCAUGAGAAAGAUCUGAUGGUUACACUUGAGUGAGCGGGGUCUGUGGGGUUACUCUGAGAUGGUGUCUUUUGCAAUAAGUGUCUGUGUAACUACAUGUCGGGAAAGGCUGGAGCCUGUGCUCCUUGUCCAGUCUGCUCCCUAGUUCCUAACUGAGCUGCUUGCCUUGAACUCCCAUCGGGUAACUUCAUUUGGUCCUUGUGAGGAAGCGGCAGAUUCCAUUUCUGUAUGUGAAAAGCCAGAUUCCAGUAGCUGACUCGAGUCGAUUUUUAUGGCCUUUCCCUUCCCUACCCACCCCUAAUAAGUUGGCCUUAUGUGGGGCCACUCUUCUGUGAAUAGGGCAGCUGUUUCGCCUGCUGCGGGGUUCCCACUAAUCAGAAGAGUGAGGCGUUUCAUCUUUUCUCCGCUUGCCUGGAAGGGCCUGGCACUGCACCAAACCUGCAUUCUGGACUCGAGCCUUGUCUCCUGCACUUUCUCCACCAAAACUACAUUCUGUACCAAAAUUCAGAGAAGAGCAGGCUUGUGCCGCUCUUGUAAAACCCUGGUCUUCUCUUAUGCCUCGCCGUGGAAUCUGUAUAGUGCUGAGAGGCCUGGAAUGCCUGUGGUGUUACCUCCCCCUUUGUCAUCACCCCACCAUAGCUGUGGGGAUCAGUAAAACAAAGUGACUAAGGUCCCACUUGGACUUGCACGUUGUGUGUCUGCCCUUUUGCCGCUACAAUUUUGAUGGGUCCUCCAAAUUCUUGGCAAUGUUCAGUAUUUUCUCUUUGAAUUUGCCACACCUUUGCCCUUUCACUCCUAUAUAUUGUUCUCUCCCCACCCCCACAAGCACCCUUCAGAUUCCCAAGAUAUCCAAAGCUGUGUCGUUUUGUUUGACGAAUGGACCCUCUUCAGUCUGUUUCGGUUAAGGAUAUCUUUGGUGACUUGUAGAUACUGUAACUAAAAUUUUAAGAUAUACAAAAACAAAUACGGUAGCAAUUGAUUCUGGUCCCAGCAUUUUAUUUAGGGUACAAAGGAACCUUUCACUUGCGGGCCAGAAGCAGUUGACUUGUUGAUGCACAUUGUAUCUGUGUGGUGAUGUUUUUUUAAUUAUGUCCAUCUUGUGGUUAAAUCAAGGUCCUUCUAAGUGGCAAACCGUGAGCGGGAGAACUGAGCACAGAGCUGGCUGAGCACGUCUCUGUGGUGUGCUGGAGGCUGUUCUGUUCGCUGGUUCUUACCGCUCAGAUUUCCAGUGGAUGGCCUAGCCAAAUUGGCACCAUGUGCCAUGGAGACCACAAGGACACAGAAACCCUGUAUACCUGGUUAAUUAUGAUACAUUACGAAACUGUAAUGUUUCAUGUUAGUAAGCAAAAUGCUUCUUAAUCUUAUGUAACCUGAUAACUUUGCAUAUUUGUAAAUUACAGGAAAGAUGGUUUUUAAUGGUAUUGUCCAGAAACUUGCUUGAUGAUACUAUUUUACUUAGUACUGUACUUAACGCAGCCAUUAUAUGUUAGUGGUGUUUUCUGGAAAAGUUAGUAGCAAUAUAUACUUAGAUACUUUUAUACUUAAAGUUGACAUUUAUUGAAACUUGCUGUAUCACUUAGAUUCCACCCAGUCAGCUAGCCCUAUGGAAGAGGCUGCCCUGUGUAUGUCAUGGCAAAGUAAGAACUUGCAUUACCCAAAUAAA